CGAUGGAAAGAGAGACAGACACAGAGAGAGAGAGAGAGAGAGAGAGAGAGAGAGAGAGAGAGAGGUGACUGUAGAGUGAUGGGACCCGGCUGAGGAACAGCAGCGAGUGAUCCUCUCCGAGCUGCUAAUGACAGGCAGACAGAUGUGAAGGAUGACUUCAUGCUCAGAGAUCUGUGGGUCAGACUACGGUGAGCAAACUCAAUCCAGUGGAAACUGCCAGCAGUAUGGAGUCCGCUCCUACCUACAUCAGUUUUACGAGGAGUGUACAGCUUCUAUCUGGGAACGUGAUGAAGAUUUUCAGAUUCAGAGAUCGCCUAGCAGGUGGAGCUCUUUACUCUGGAAGGUCUGUCUCGCGUUCGGCACCCUGAUCUUGCUUGCAGGCCUCAUUGUUGUUUUGGUGGGUUACGCUACUCCAACCAGGAUCGAAGCAUUUGGUGAAGAUGAUCUCCUUUUUGUUGAUGGCCACGCUGUCAGUUUCAACCGAGCGUUGGACGUCUGUAAGUUGACCGGGGCUGUGCUGUUCUGUGUGGGAGGAACCUCCAUGGCUGUGGGCCUCCUGCUGUCUGCCUUCGCCAAAAGCUACUCCAAAGAAGAACUGUAUCUGCAGCAGAAGUUUAAGGAGAAGUUGGCAGAUCUGCAUGCAACAGUUGCUUCUACAAAACCAUCUCGUGACAUGUCUCAUUGCAGUGGAGCCCUGCUUUGCUUUCUGUGAAUCCCCUCUGCCACCUUCAUUAUUUUAAGGUGUUCCGGCACAUCGGAGAUCUGAAGUGUGGCUUUCAUGCUGCAUUCUUUCCACAGCCUCUGCCAGUCGGCCAACUUUUCUGGCCGCGUUCCUGUUUGGCACCCGAGUGGGAUGCGUUUAGCUCAUAGCCAGCCGGGGCAGGAUUUCCCCCGAAGGGAAGAGAACACCAAAAACACCUCUGUGCUGCUGUGAAUCACCACACAAAGGUGAUGUGAACAGUGCGUUCCUGCUGAGACGCUAAAUAUCAACACUAAACUUGGCUGCUGUCAAAAUGCUAAUAGGUGCAGACUGAAUUUGUUUUUGAUGUUUAACUGAGAGCUUCCAUUUGUUUUUGGGCAAAUAGUGUUUUAGAUUUGAUUUUCUUUGACAGAAACAUCCUCCUGUAUCUUGGCUGUAGUGAAUUCAGCACCUUGGACAGAGUCAGACCGCAUCACAUACACUGCCCUGCUCUGAAACCAAACAAACGAGCAAAAUAUUGCAUCUUGCUACUGUGACAGCAUUUGGAAGAGAUUUUAUAGGUCAAACAGUGAAGAGCGCAUGAGGACGUGAAAUCCUCUCAAAGGCAUUCAAACAGCCUGACGCUGUGCCUGCUCUUGUUUUCUGAGCCGUCUGUCUGUUAAUUUAAUUUUUGGUCAAUGUCACCCAAGGGGACCAAUAACGCAACAUGUUCUUCUGAACCCGCGAAACGACGUGAACCACAAUCUGAUACAGAGGAUUUUGAGGGUGACAUUACGGUACACAAAUGCUACACACACUCGCUCGCUCCUCAAUCCUCUCUUUUGAUGCAAAAUGCCAGCUCCCCUGGACCACAGACGCUAAUUCUCCACACUCCUCUGGGCUGCUGCUAUCAACUCUUCCUCCAGAGCUGUAAACAUCCAUCAGGAGUCAGGCGCUGACGUAAUGUGCCUCAAAAUCUACAGUCAUUUCAAUGCAAAAUUUAAAAAAUUUUUAAAAAAAAUGUUUUUCAUUUCUUAACAUAUUCAUAGAAAAACAGCUGCAGGGAACCAAAAGCAACAAAACCUCUCAUUGUUGAGACGAAUCCCAGCUGCUACUGAGCACAAAAAGUAAAGACAAAGUUCCUGCAGGACAUUAAAAUACACGAAUCACGAGCCCAGAAGAUGAUGUAAUGUGUUUCUUGUAAUAAUGGUUAAUGUCAUCAUGCCAGACCUACUUUCAAGAGUUCCUGCUUUAUAUCCUGUAGAGCAACAGCGCCACUGUGUGGAUGUUUGAGAAUGUAGCAGGUUACAUAAGAUUUUAAAGACAAUGCAUUACAUCAUACGCCUGUACACUGAAUCUUAUAAUAGUGACAAUAUAUGAGCUGGGUUUGUGAGUUAUUUAUGCUUUAAGACAAUCCAAACAUACCGACAUGAAAAGGUUGGGUGUUAAUUACUUUAUGAUACUGUGACAGUGUCUUGAAAUGUGUCUAUAUUUUGCACAAGCACAUGCAGUCAAUUUAUGAUUAUAUUUAUAGCGCAUAAAGACAAAUACUGAAUAAAGAAACUGCUGGUGAUAAAGGGAGAAGCACAAGAGUUAUCUGUGAUAAUCUAUGAUAGUUUUGAGACGGCAUGACAGAAAAGAUAAACUAAGAUUUUCUUAAAUUGGUUUUACGUAACCCAUAAACAGAAAGCAAGCAUAAACAACUCAGCUAAUUUAAGAUGGUUGGUUAAAUUUAUAUUAAAAAACAAUCCUGUGAGCUUAAAGCUUCAGCCAACAUAGAUCUUAUUUCUCCAUUUAAAAGCACUUUGGCUCAAUGUUCAUUGUUGUAAAUGCCAUAAAGAAACAACGGCGCCUUAACGUGACUGAUUAAAUCAGAUAUCUGCUUUGUUUAUCUCCAGAAUAUUCAACUAAUCUCUUGAAUUAAUGAACCAACACACCUGCUGAGCUCCAAAGCCUCACUCACUCUGUAAUCCCUCGGCUGCUUUGAAAUUAGCAGGUAUAGAUACUCUAUAUUUAAUUAUUUUUAAGCUGGUCUACUGGUGUUUACCAUUUUCAGCUGUGUCGAGAGUUAGGCUCUGUCCACUCCUCCUCUUCCUCAUUGACAGCAGUCUGGCCUGAGAGAUCUCUCUGACGAUGGAGGACAGAUGCUCCUUACUGGUGCCAUUGUGGUUUGGAGGAGAAGCUUUGGAUUCUCCAUCUCCGCUGUCACUGCACCCAACCAAAGACUUAUUCUGGGGGAAGUGGAAGUCAAAUUUAGUCGAUGAGAACAACAAUAAAGGUUAAUGUCCUACAGAAAAACAUUAGGGACAUCUCUGUAUUAUGUUAAAGUCAGUUGUUGCUCAUUUUUGCUGCAAAUGUUUAUCUAAAACUCCUGGUUUGGAAUUUUGACAUAAAUUCACGGAGAUUUACUCAGAAAGGAGGAGGAGCAAAACAGGCGCUGGAGACAAGUACAGUCUAAAGAAAACAAUGUGUUUUUUUCAACAUUAAAGUAAAAACAAUCAAGCAGACCACAAAAUGUGCAUCAUAUGGGCUCUGCACGAUCAAGACUGUGCAAUUUUGGAGAGCUUAGACACAUAAGUCCACAUAAUACAACUCUAGCUCAGCCUUAAAAUUCAUUAUUUGUUUUGCAUGACAGAUUACAGCAAUAAAAUUUUGCAGAAAACCAAAGCCCUACUCUAACUCCUUUGCACGUGUAGAGCAACAGCUUUCUGAGCAACUUGAGUUUGCAAUCAUCUGUAGAAAUAUCAGCCUAAUAAAUAAUGUAAAAGCUGCAUGAAAUUCUUACAUUCACACUUUGCUUGGAGAAUCUGUAGAUGGGUGGUAGAGAGUAAGCUUUCAUUCUGUAAAAGAAAACAGACAAAAAAAAAUCAUUUUAAUUCCAUAAAUAUUUGAUGUUAGAGCACUGAUUCAUGAACACGAAGCCAAAAAGCACUUCAGUAAUUUAACUGGAAGUAGUUAUAAAGCAGUGUACAGCGGAAUUAUAAUGUUUAAAUACUGUACAGUUUGAUUACUCAGUUCUGCUGCUAAUAUAAUAUUAAAAGAAAACAUGUCUACAUUUAA